AUUAAAGCAGUACUUAUUUUGGACCACUGGAAGGAGCGGAACAACCUGUAAUCACAAUACUUACAUAUUGUCACUGUAUAAAUUUGUUAUGCGAACAUGUUAGCAUACAGUUAUUUACAGCACACAUCCAGCAGACACUGUAAAACACAACCAUUAAUUUGGCAACCUUUCACAUUAGAAGCAGUCCAUUUAUAUAUAAAAUAUUGAUUAGUGCAGCUUUAAAGUAGAUUAACAAUGAUUUUGUAGUGGGGUUUAGUUAAGUGACAGCCUCUUGAUGUCUCUGUUCCUAUUUUUAAAAGUAGAUUAACACAACUGAGCACAUUACCUGUUAAAUCUACUGGUAUACCAAAAUAUGGUAUACGAGUAGGGCCCUUACAUCUUCAGGAACUGUUGCUAGAAUCAGAACAACACAGAGUGAAACAGCAUUUAGCAACUGCUGCACACAGCUGGAACCAACUUUUGGACAAUCUUAUAUUAUGCUUACUUUAUUCAUUUUCACACCUGUGCCAUUAAUGAUCAGUUUUAUUUUACUUUAUUAUCUUUUAUUUUAAAAGAAAAUAUUUUGAAAAGAAUCUUUAUGUUUUGAAUUCCAUGGUGUAUCUCUGUUCAAACUCAUACAACUACUUCAUGUACGUAUGUAACACUUCGAUUUGCACAAUUCAAUGCAACUUGUGUGCUGAAUUCUUUAGACAUGUUUCUUUUAGAAUAAAUUGCCUCCUUUAGGCCUACAGCUAAUUCUCUUCUUUGUUGCAGUUCGUGGGAACCAAAUGAAAGUGUUUAGUGGAGAGCAAUGUACCUCAGGCUAGAGAAAAAUGCAGCAGAAAAAAAGCAAGAUGCCGAGGAGGUCAAUGAAGGAGAUUGCGCACGUGCGCAAGGUCUCUCGUGGCCAAUCAUGUCUUCGGGAUUUCCUCGGAGCUGUCGCUCCUCCUCGUGCCAGUGAGGAUAACAAGCUCAUUUCACUCAUGCACGUUCGGAUAUUUUCCCCCCAAACUGUAACGAUGCUGCAGCUGUUGACAUUCCUGGUGGAGAAGCUCUCUCUUCUCUCCAAAUUCAAAGUUUUUGAGUCCAGCUGGCCGGACAGCGACGACCAGGACCGGGAGCGGCCAGCGCAGCGUGGUCCCGUACCACCCUUCCGAAGGGGAGACCUGCUGGAGGUCCCCAGAACCCUUUUCACCCACUACGGCAUUUAUUUAGGUGACAAUAAAGUCGCUCACCUGAUCCCUGACAUCCUCCCUGUGCUUACAAAUGACAAGAAGCUCAUCAGUUCUGUCAUUACAAACAAGAGACUCAUCCUCGGCUGCAUCUACAGGUGUGCCACGGUGCGCGUGGACACAUUAGAGGACUUUGCAUAUGGCUCCAACAUACUGGUUAACCAAAUGGAUACGAUGAUGAAGAAUCAAGCAUUUCCAAAUGAAGCUGUAGCUAAGAGAGCUGAAAAACUCAUCGGAGCAAUUCCGUAUAGUCUGCUGUGGAAUAACUGUGAACACUUUGUGACAUAUUGCAGAUACGGAUCUGCAGCGAGCCGGCAAACAGAGAAGUUCUGUGAGUGUGUGAAAUCAAUCAUCAGAGACCAGCGCAGCGUGAUUGUCACAGUCCUUCUUGGAAUCAUCUCCAUCGUUAGUUUCGGCAUGGCACUGUCAACUACAUUACCCACAAUCCUUAUUCCCUUUACUCUGUGGAUGGCUGGUUAAAGGAGUCCAGCACAAGAAACCAGCAAACAAACUGAACUGAACUUUUACUUGGCAAGGACUGACCUACACACCUCCUCAGGACAGUGCACUCUUGUCAUGUGAUGCCUUAUGAGUCUGCUUUACAACUAUACUUUCAUUGUAUUGUGUAGACAAUGUUUUAUGAUUUAUAUAAUAAUAAUAGAUGCAUAAAUAGUUUCCUAUAUGGCUUAAAUUUGUCCUCUCAUAAAAGUGUGGGGAAAUACAUAAAUUCUUUGAUAUAGGAAUACAGUUAGUGAUUCAUUUUUGCUAACAAAAAGUCACCACAAAAGUGAAUAUACAGUCUCUUAAUGUAUAUAUAGUGAGUACUUUAUAGUAGGGUAUUUAAUAUAAUGUUGUGAAUAUGACAAAGGUUUAAUAAACAUUUUAUUUUUA